GAAAAAAAAAAUGCAAAAGAAUCGGGGAGUUGAUGGAUGGUGAACGAUUCAAUGGCAUAAAAUUCCGGCAAUCACUUGGCUCUCAAUACUAUUCAUCAUCUUUCACCUUUCAUUUGAUCACACUUGUUCUCACAUUUUUUUCCGAUUUUCGCUUAGGGUUUCCAAUUGUAAACAACAAUCUUAGGGUUUUACUUGGUUGAGGAGGAUGGCGGAUUGAAAGGGAAAAAUUUGGUUUGUGUAGAAGAUUGUUUCCACAGGUGUAGUAGUAGUAGUAGAUCUGAGGUUUUUGAUACUCGGAGGAAAAAAUGAGCGCAUCGAGGUUCAUAAAGUGUGUGACCGUUGGUGACGGAGCUGUGGGUAAAACAUGUCUCCUCAUUUCGUACACCAGCAACACUUUCCCUACGGACUACGUUCCCACUGUUUUCGAUAACUUUAGCGCUAAUGUGGUUGUUAACGGAGCCACUGUCAACCUUGGCUUGUGGGAUACCGCUGGGCAGGAGGAUUAUAACAGGUUAAGACCCUUGAGUUACCGCGGUGCUGAUGUUUUCAUCUUAGCCUUUUCCCUCAUCAGUAAGGCUAGUUAUGAGAAUGUCUCCAAGAAGUGGAUCCCUGAGCUGACUCACUAUGCCCCUGGUGUCCCAAUUGUUCUUGUUGGUACCAAACUAGAUCUUAGGGAUGACAAACAGUUCUUCGUUGACCACCCUGGUGCUGUACCUAUUACCACUGCUCAGGGAGAGGAACUGAUGAAGCUAAUUGGAGCUCCUUCGUACAUCGAGUGCAGUUCAAAAUCACAGGAGAACGUGAAGGGGGUGUUUGAUGCAGCGAUUAGAGUGGUACUUCAACCUCCAAAGCAGAAGAAAAAGAAGGGCAAAGUACAAAAGGCCUGCUCCAUUUUGUAAUCUCUCUGCCAUUCUCUAGUGAAUUUUUAAGAAGAAGAAACACAUUGGGGGUUAAAGUUGGUUUAAAUUUGGUUGUGAUAAAGUUCUCUUUAUCUUUGAAAAGAUAUGAUUUCUUGUGUUUUUGCUGAUAAAUUGUUUCCAGCUUUAGCUGAGAGCCAAAUAUUGCACUACUAAUGCUCUUCUCUUUCUCUCAAUUA